UCAAUAUAAAAACUAUUGUUCGCACAGCACUGAAGCUGAAAAGCUCUUAAGCAGAAAACAAAAACAAGUACUUCGCGAAAGAAUGUCCGACAGCGAGAAGUGACAUUGAAUGUGUGAGACGACCGCAGGAUGAACGUAAUUACGUCUAAUCCCCACGAAGUAACCGCAACGACAAUAAUGUCAAACACAAGCCAGGACAUAUCAGCGACAGCCACAACAGCAGUACUCAACUAUACGAGCAUUGCGAACCGGAGUACCAGCGGAGAUUUGGAAGACAUGUCCGCUGAGGAUGAGGAGAUGUUUCGGAUUGCAAUUAUCGUCGGCGAUUGUGUGCAUAGAUACUAUGUGCCAAUAAUUUGUUUCACUGGCAGCAUCGGCAACAUUCUGUCCGUCUUUGUCUUCUUCAUGACCAAACUGCGAAAGCUAUCAUCGAGCUUCUACCUGGCCGCAUUAGCCAUUAGCGAUACUUGUUUUCUGUGCGGCCUGUUCAUGCAGUGGCUAAACUUUCUCAAUGUGAACAUUUACAAUGAGAACUACUUCUGUCAGUUCUUCACAUUCAUCAGCUACCUGGCCAGCUUCUGUUCGGUGUGGUUUGUGGUCGCAUUCACCGUGGAACGUUUCAUAGCAGUCAUGUAUCCACUGAAACGGCAAAUCAUGUGCACUGUUCGACGUGCCAAAAUUGUGCUACUUGGUCUGACGUUGGCCGGAUGUGUGCAUUGUGUGCCGUAUAUACUAAUCGCCAAACCCGUCUACAGUCCCAAAUUGAAUGAUACCAUUUGUGACUUGAACACCACAUAUAAGGAACAACUGGCCUUGUUCAACUAUUGGGACUCGAUUGUUGUAUAUGCGGUGCCCUUUACAACCAUUACCGUUCUGAACACCUGCACGGCCUACACCGUUUGGAAAUUUGCCACUGUUCGACGCACAUUAACAAUGCAUAAGAUGAAACCUCCGUUAACCAAUACGUCGUCAAGUGGCUUAGCUGCAUCUGGCACAUAUCGCAUAUCAGCAUCCCUGAGACGUCAAAAGUCAACGGGCUCACACCCAAGCGGACAGCACAGUGUCUCCCGGCAAACGGAGCAACUGCAGCAACAACCACGAAAGGAAUCCAGGUCGCAACACAAUUGCGAGAUUGCACCGAAGCCAGCACAUCGCAACGUUCAGAACUCAUCGCAACUAAAGGUUACCAAAAUGCUGCUCAUAAUCUCAACAGUUUUUGUCUGCCUAAAUUUACCCAGCUGCUUGUUACGAAUCGAAACCUAUUUGGAGACACAAACAUCGAAAACACAAACUACGACAAUUGUUUUGCAAUAUAUUUUCAAUGCGUUCUUCAUAACAAAUUUCGGCAUCAAUUUUGUGCUUUAUUGCGUCAGCGGACAAAAUUUUCGCAAAGCUGUGCUCAGCAUUUUCCGACGCGUCUCAUCGGCUCAACGAGAAGGCAACACUCAAGUGACAGUUUCGGAGUACUGUCGGAACACGGGAACCUCAACUAGAAGACGCAUGAUGACGCAGCAUUGCUGGAACGAGAUGCACGAGCUGCAUCCACUUAAAUAAAGAGCUUUGAUAUGAUUUAGAAUCGUGAGAGAUAUGUUUUGUAAUUGU